AGUUUAUUUUCCAUUUACUCAACUAGCAAACUGACUUGAAAUACAUUCUUCUAAUCCAACAGUAGUUUUCUGUUUGUUGUCAGUUUUCUUCUCAUACAAAUUUAGCAAACUAAUGUUAUCAGUCUUUUUCAACUGAAUACUUCUAUCAUACAAAUAAAGUUCUUCUAAUGUGCUCCUAAAACUGAUUACCCCACACUAGGUGGAUGUCUUUGUUGUUCUUCACACUUAACUGCUAAUUAAAACACUGUCAUCCCUUUGCGCAAUCAGUCUUUUUUUCAACUGAAUACUUCUAUCAUACAAAUAAUGUUCUUCUAAUGUCCCCUAAAACUGAUUAGCCCACUCUAGGUGCAUGUCUUUGUUGUUCUUCACACUUAACUGCUAAUUAAAACUUUGCGCAACUGGAAUACUUAUCACACACACACACACACACUGCUAAUAGGUUAUGUCUUUAUCAUCAUCUUCUUCUUCUUCUUCUUCUUCUUCUUCUUCUUCUUCUUCUGCUUCACAACUUUUUUUAACAAAAUCGCAAUUUGGCGAUGAUUGAAUGUGUAAAUCCCUCAAUUGGUAUUUAUUGAUCGAUGUGUCUGCCCACAUACGACAACCACUGCAAAUAAGACCAAAUCCAUUCGAAUUUGAAAAAUCAAUACCAUAAUAAAAUCCCUCACUUGCUAACUGUUUGAAAUUUUUCGGCAAACAUUCCAUUUUCAUAAAUGAAUUUUCACGUUCGUAUUGUUCAUUGUAGUCUGGGUUUUUCUGAAAAGUUGACGUUGUACGAAUAUUACCAACAAGAUAAUUGUUUAUGAAGCCGCACUUCGGUGACCAUUUUUUAUGUUCAAAAAUAGCAUAAUCACUCACUUCCCAAUUUUCCAAAACUACAUUGCAAAAAACACAUUUUGUUCUAUCGAAAACUUUUAAAAAGUAGAAGCCGGCCUCUGCUAAAUGAUUCGGUUUUGGAUAUUGAUGCGGCCAAAUAGUUUUAUUACCUUUAAAAAAUGAGUCAAGCCUAUCGAUUUCUUUAAAGUAAUUUACCACUUUCUUCUCAUCACUAUCGUUGUUGUCACUGUUGAUGAUGUCACUGUUGUUGGAACAAUGAAUGCAACGCUUUCUUGCUCGCGGCAACAUUUUCAAACACCAACUGAAAAAAAAAUAGAAAAUAAUAUAUUUUUGCUAAACUUGAUUUUUUUCUACAGGACAUUUACACUAACGAGUUGUGGUCCGAGGACGGGGCAAUGGCUAUGCUGGAGGCUGAACUAUUGAGAAGCGACGCUGCACCUGCCGACGCCGGCCUGUUUGAUGAAGACAACUCAUUAAUGGAACUAUUGACCAGAGCUGAAAAGCAACUCAAGGAGCAAAACCUCUGGCAGCCACUUCAUCAAACGGAUCGACGUCAGCAACAGGUUUCCAGCCCCGAUCUCCCUCCCCCUUCAUCGCCGCAUUGCCAGCAGCUUGUAAUAUACACGUCGCCACCACCCGCCACCCGAGCUGCUGCGAUCCCCCCCGCCUUCACCGUCACAUCACACCAACAAGUCCGGAUACCCCCCGCCCCCACAACAAGAAUCCCCCCCGCCUUCACAUCACACCAACAAGGUUGUCCCCCCGCCGCCGCUGCCUCCACCGCUCAUCCUUAUAGUCGUCCACGCGCAAUCUUAGGAUCUAACUCUAUGCGGCAUGAAUUUGAUUUCGAUGGCCUGAUAAGAUUUUCAGAUCCAUCCCGACGUCGUACAAUUGCGUUAAAACAUUUAUCCGAUGCAUUUCAGUAUCCUGUUUUAGGUGCGCGUGUUGUGCGCUCCUACAACAAGGAUGCUGUUAUCAUUAGGGUAGCAAAUGUAGGACGUCGGGGCAACGAAGAUGCCGAAAUUGAAACAUUCAUGCCGCAUAGAUUUACUGCUAAGAUUACGCGUGCGAAUGUACAGUCAUUUAAUUCAGGUUGCCACAAUUUAAUAAUGCAAGUUGUUCACAGCGAAGGUCGUUCCUCUGAUAUAAGGCUGAAUCGACGGUCGCGACAGCGGCCGUAGAUUCAGCUGAUCAGAGGAACAUUUUUAAAUUAAUAAUAUUUAAAAUUUUAAUUUUUUUUUUUUUUUUUUUUUUUUUUUUUUAAAUUGU